AUGCUGGAUCUGUAUGAUUUAUUGCCUUUUGACAAUCCGGAUGGUGGUGCCUGGAAACAAGGUUGGGAGGUGAAUUACGAUGAAGAUAAGGUCGCUGAAGGCAAAGCCCUCCAGGUUAUCGUCAUACCUCACUCCCAUUGUGAUCCUGGUUGGAUCAAGACCUUCGAGCAGUAUCACCAUGACCAAACGCGAAAAAUCUUAGAUGGAAUGGUCAAACACCUCAGUUCUCCUACGGAAGAUAUGCGUUUUAUUUAUGCCGAGAUAUCAUUCUUCGAACUCUGGUGGAGGGAUCAGAACGAGUCCACCAAGUCAAAAGUUAGGGAGUUACUAACUUCUGGAAAGUUUGAAAUUGUCACAGGAGGAUGGGUAAUGACUGACGAAGCGAAUUCCCAGUACUUUUCCAUCAUUACGGAGCUAUUCGAAGGACAUGAGUGGAUUAGGAAUCAUAUUGGUGGAGAUUUUCGUCCAACAACUCACUGGUCGAUCGAUCCUUUUGGUUUGUCACCGACAUUGCCUUAUCUUCUGGCAGCAGCGAAUAUCACCAACGCUGCUAUUCAAAGGGUACACUACUCAGUGAAAAAGCAUCUCGCAAAAAACAAACAGUUGGAGUUUAUGUGGCGACAACUUUGGGGAGCUCAUGGUAAGACCGAUGUCCGUACUCAUGUGUUUCCUUUUUAUUCCUAUGACGUACCUCAUACAUGCGGACCGGAUCCAAAAAUUUGUUGCCAGUUCGAUUUUAGAAGACUUCCUGGGAGAGGAUCUAGUUGCCCGUGGAAUGUCGAUCCAGAGAAAAUCACUAGAGAAAAUGUUCAGAGACGGGCGUUUUCUCUCUACGAUCAAUACAGAAAGAAAAGUGAACUAUAUAAGACGAACGUCUUGCUAGUACCUCUUGGAGAUGACUUUAGAUAUGUUGAGGAUUUCGAGUGGAUCGAACAAUACCAGAACUAUAUGCUGCUUUUUGAUGAGAUGAAUAACAAUAAGGAUUGGAACGUUAACGCUCGUUUUGGAACAUUGUCAGAUUAUUUCACUGAAUUGGACAGAUCAUUACGUGUGGAGCAGCAGUCACUACCUGUUUUAUCAGGGGAUUUCUUCACUUAUUCAGAUCGGGACGACCAUUAUUGGAGUGGGUACUUUACAUCACGACCGUUUUACAAACAGAUGGAUCGGGUGCUUCAACAUCAAUUACGUGCAGCCGAAAUCCCUUCCACGCCUCCUGGGUUGAUUUUCGCGAAGCUAGUGCAAGCAAGGAGAGCAUUGUCAUUAUUUCAACAUCAUGACGGUGUUACUGGCACGGCGAAAAAUCAUGUAGUGAGAGAUUAUGGUGCUAAAAUGCAUGCUGCUCUCGAAGCUACCGAACAGGUGCUUUCUGAGGGACUCAGCACUCUAAUCGGCCUUCCUGUGGUACCGAGUGGAAAUACUGCCUUGGAUGAGUAUCGAGAGAAAUACGAUUCUUUACCCUUAAGAAGAAGUUACACGGUUGGCGAGUAUGUUUUCACUCUACACCUAUAUGUUUUGUAUUCAUUUUAA